AUGACUGACAAAACUGAGUCGUCUGUUACUUUAAUAAGUAAAUUAGAUGCUAGUAAUCCUUUGUAUUUGCAUGCUAGUGAUUCUAGUAAUCUGUCUAGUUCAAAUGCUAUGAAACUUGCUUUGAUGGCUAAGAACAAAUUAGGAUUUGUUGAUGGAACAUGUGUUAAAUCUGAGUCUAAUGAUGUCUUGGCAAGUCAAUGGGAAAGAUGCAACUCUAUUGUUUUAACCUGGAUUCUGAAUUCUGUUUCUGAUGAGUUGUAUGUUGGUCAAGUUUAUUCCAAACUUGCUUCUGAAGUUUGGAAUGAUUUGAAAGAGACAUAUGAUAAGGUUGAUGGUUCAGUGUUACCAUCUUGCACUUGUAAUGCUUCUACCAAGUUCAAUGAGUUUAGUCAGUUAAUAAAACUUAUGCAAUUCUUGAUGGGAUUAGAUGAUGUUUACCAACCUUUUAGAACUAAUCUAUUAACCAGGGAUCCUCUUCCUUCUGUUAAAACAGCUUUUUCGAUUAUAUCUAGGGAAGAGUCAUAUAGGAGUUCAAACAGUGGUUCUACAGUACCUAAUGUUGGUUUUGUUGCUAAAGCAAAUCAGUUUAGUAAUAACAAGAAAAAAUUUAACAAAGGUCCUAAUCCCAACUUGAAAUGCACUCAUUGUAACAAGAUUGGUCAUGUUAUUGAUAAGUGUUUUGAGAUUCAUGGAUAUCCACCAAAUUAUAGGUCUAAACCUAGUCAAAACAAUAAUCAAUGGUCUAAAUCUAAUAAUUCUGUGAAUAACUCUGUGAGUGACAAAUCUGUUGGUACUUCAUUGAAUUCUUUGACUUCUGAUCAGUUUGCCAAGUUGUUAGGUUUGCUGGGUGAGAAUAAGGUGAAUGAUCCUUCUAGUUCCAAUGUUGGAGUUGGUAUGAGCUGGAUAGUUGACUCUGGUGCAAACCAGCAUAUGGUAAUGACAAGUGAAAACAUGUUUAAUCUUGUUGAUGUUUCUGAUUACAACAUCACCGUAAAACAUCCUAAUGGUACAAAUGCUAAAGUAACAAAAAUAGGGUGUUAUAAGUUGUCUGAUUCUGUAGUUCUUAAAGAUGUUUUUGUCGUUCCUGAAUAUUGUGUUAAUCUUAUAUAUGUUCAUAAGUUAGCAAAGGAUAAUAAACUUAGAGUUGUAUUUGAUGAGGAAAAUUGUUAUAUUCAGGAUUUAUGCUUAAAGAAAACCCUGGUGACUGGUAGUCAAACUGAUGGUCUAUACUUUUGUGGUAAUUCUUUUAGGUCAGUUGUUGCAUGUUUUAACAAAACUGAAAGUAUGGCAGGUUAA